AUGUGUUUUAUGGCUGUUCAUCCUAUAAGCCACAGCAGUCUUUCUUAUGUAGGAAUUGAGAUUGACGAUGAAGAGCUAGCUCUUUUUGUUGAGCAUGUGGAUAAGGAAAAUAAUGGUGUCAUCACCUUUGAAGAAUGGAGAGACUUCCUUCUUCUAUAUUCUCAUGAAGUAACUAUUGCAAAUAUAUAUCAUUACUGGGAGAGGGUCUGCCUUGUUGAUAUUGGCGAACAAACUGUUGUACAAGAAAGUGUAAGUAAGCAUGUCAAUGCUAGCAGAUAUCUUAUUGCAGGAGGUAUUGCUGGUGCCACAUCUCGCACUGCUACUGCACCACUGGAUCGUUUGAAAGUGGUUUUACAAAUUCAGACGAAAGAAGCUCGCAUUAUGCCCGAAGUAAGGAAAAUCUGGAAAGAAGGAAAAAUGUUUGCAUUUUUUCGUGGCAAUGGAUUAAAUGUCGUGAAGGUUGCACCUGAAAGUGCUAUUAGAUUUUAUACAUAUGAAUUUCUUAAAGGAGUCAUAAUGGAUGCUAGAGGAGGGGAGAAAGCUGAUAUUGGUGGGAUGGGUCGCCUUGUUGCUGUUGCACAGACGGCAAUUUAUCCUUGGUACUGCUCUAUUUAA